CCCUCCGGCGUUGAUUUCGUCGUAUUCGUAAUGUUCGGAUUUACAGAGCACGCUGCUCGUUUUUUCUUUUUCUUUUCCUUCUGAAACUGUCGGUUUCCGUUUCAGUUCCUGUUGUUGCGUAAUUGGGUGAUUGCUGGAGGCUGCCGUUCAAUCCCCAUCUUGUGAUCGCUUGCAGUAGCGGACCAGAUCGCAUGCGAGUGUCCCGAACGGAACUUCACUUCCAGGAGUGUUGUGGGUUUGCGCUAUUUUUAUAUCUGCUUUUUCAGUACCGAGGGACACAAAGUCUAGACUUACGUCUUUGAUCAUUGAAGCUUAGUCAAGCGGGGCUGGCUCGCCACGCUGUAGCUAGGAGGGGAGGGGGGUGGUGUCGUGGUGGUUGAUUCUCCUGCUGGAGUGCUGGUGGUCUCGUUCCCUUCCCUUCCUCCCUGCUGUGGCUGCUGUAUGCGGAUGUGUCGAGAGAGGUAAAAUUUCGUAGGUGUUUGCAAGUGUUUUUCAGAAUUCGCAGAGUUUGAGGGGGCGGGGUUGACGCGAUGGGGUUGGCAAGGAAGGCAGUGGCAGAUGCGUCCAUAACAUUCUUAUGGGUAUUCGCUAUGGCAUCAUUGGGCGCUGCGUCGACGGCUAUUGCAUCGUCGUUAGGUUUGGAUGGACCAGGGAAGACGAAGAUGUACAUCGUCUUCGCCUUGGUGUCGUUCCUCGUAUUUUUCUUCAGCUUUUUAGGACACGCGCUCGGAGGCGCGAGCUGGAACCCGACUGCAAUCGUCGCCUUCUCGUACGCAGGGGUGAGUAAUGACGACCUUUUCACUCUCGGCGUCCGCCUGCCUGCUCAGAUGGUGGGAGCAGUUGGGGGCGCCUUAGCAAUCCUAGAGGUCAUGCCAAAGAAGUACAAACACAUGUUGGGUGGUCCAAAACUGAAAGUGCCGCUACAGACAGGCGUGAUUGCCGAGGCAAUCCUGACCUUCACCAUCACUUUGAUUGUCAUGUGGGCCAUGUUGCGAGGACCUCGCAACAAAAUGGCGAAGACCUUCAUCAUCAUCGGAGCCACAAUUGCCCUUGUCACCGCCGGCGGUGCUUACACCGGUCCUGCUAUGAAUCCCGCUAAUGCAUUCGGAUGGGCGUUUGUGUCAAACCAACACACAUCAUGGGACCAUUUUGCGGUCUACUGGGCUGGUCCCAUGAUCGGCACCAUCUUCGCUGUCUGGGCUUUUAACCUACUCUUUGGUCCUCAUAGUCAAGCCACUCAAGCCUCAGAUUCCAAGAAACUCAAGGCAAAUAAGGCGAAGAAAUCCGGCAGUGAAGGCGAAUCAGCCAAGGAUAAGAAGCGUGGCGAAGGAUUAUCAGAGAAUGCGGCGGGUAAAGUGAAGGCAUCGUAGGAGUUGGUGGAUUACCUGCUUGCAUGCAUCAGAUGAAGCAUCUGAUCUCUCAAAUCCAUGCCUCGUUCCUGCACCCAGGUUUCCAAUUCUUUUUUGUGCAGAAUCCAAUUGUCGAACACGGGUUUCUAGAAAUUUUCCUCCAACCUCUGACUUUUUCUAUUCACAUUUUAACUUACAAAACGCUGAUUUUCAAAUAAGUUCAUGGACUUCAUGUGGCGCUGUUGCUGUAAAAACCCUGAUGCUGUGCUCCAGAGUGUUCCAUGUUUGUCUCCGUUUGCAGCGAACCUCUCACUUUUUUGAUGUAUCAUGUUUCAUGCAGUCUAUAGAGUUGGGAUUGUUGCAAACUAGAUUUUCUGUGGCAACUCAAACCUUGAGAGUUUCUACAAUUGCCACGUUGUUGUGAAAACCACAUCUGGAUUAGUGUACAGCGUUGGCAUCCGGGAGUUGAAUUCUGCCCUCUAAUACAGAUAAGAAUUGAAUGCUGCACA